GCUGAGAGGGGCGGGAUGAUUCCCACACAGAGCGGCUCUGCCUGACUGGCCCCUCCCCCUGUCUCCUAUAGGUGCCUGAGCUGAGAGGGGCGGGAUGAUUCCCACACAGAGCGGCUCUGCCUGACUGGCCCCUCCCCCUGUCUCCUAUAGGUGCCUGAGCUGAGAGGGGCGGGGAAAGAACGCCUGUACCGAAAGAAGGCAUGUGAUUGGCUGGAUACACAGAGGGGCGGGACAGGGAUUGCUGCUCAUUUCUCAGACGGUUACAGACAGCGGCUUCAGGAGUUCCGGUGCUGGGAAAGCAAACAGUGCCGCCUGGUUCCGCAUCCCAGGGAGCCCAAACCCGGAUUUGGUACCGCAUUCUGUUGCCUGUUAUUCCUGUGUCUGCCUUCCCAGCAUCCUCUAUUUCUGAGCCACUUCCUCUGUCUCUCUUCCCAGCAUCCUCCACUCCUCCCGGGGGAACUUCCUGUGUGGCUCCUGUAUAACCUCCAUCCCUCCCAUAGAGGGUUCUGUCAGCAGGGGGAUCAGAUCACAUGACUGGGGGGCCCCUAUAGAGAGCCCAACCCCAGAUUAACUGCCAUCAGGAAGGGCUCCUAUUGCCCCAGAGCUGCAGUGAGCCAGAAGGGCAGAAUGGAAGCCGGGGAGCCCCAGGACUGUACCUCCUGGUUACCUGAUGAGUUGGCAUUGCGCAUCCUCUCGUACCUUGAUGCCAAGGAUAUCCUGCAGGUGGCGCAGACUUGCCAGCGCUGGAGAGAGUUGGCUGAGGAUGAAGGCCUGUGGCAGGGAAAGUGCAAGGCUGAUGGGAUUGAGGAGCCGCUGCACAUAAGCACAGCUACAGGCUCUAGGCCCCGCCCAUGGAAAAGCGCUUACACCAAUCAGCUCAGGGUCGAUACCAACUGGCGCCGAGGGAGAUUCAGGACAGUCGCACUGGAAACAAGUGAGUCGGGGACAGACUUCAUAACCUGGACCUCUGAUGGGAAGGAAAUGGUUUGUAUCGUAUGUAAUAGAACAAUACAGAUCUGGUCGGCAGUUACUGGAAAACUCAUAAAGACCCUUGUGGGACACACAGAUGAAAUUUUUCCAAUAAAAAUGAGAGAUCACAUUGUCGUUAGUGGAUCUGAUGAUCGUACAGUAAAAGUAUGGAAUGCAGAGAGCGGGGAAUGUAUCCACACGCUGGGCGGCCAUACUGGUGCUGUAUCAAACUUAUAUCUCCAUGGGAACAGGGUAGCGAGUGGGUCACUUGACGGCUCCAUCAGAAUCUGGGAUAUUGAGACGGGGCAGUGCUUACACGUUCUCAUGGUGGAUAUACAGUAUAUUUCAUAUAUUCAGUAUGACGGCAAAAGGGUGGCGAGCGUUGAUGGCAAAUACACCCUGAAAUUCUGGGACCCCGAGACACAGAGCUGUUUGUUUACUUUCCAACUUCCCAAUGAGCGGAUCCGCCACUUAGAGCUGAAAGGCUCGCGGCUCUUACUGGUCACUGAUGACGGCACAAUAACCGUGUGGGACACUGACACAGGGCGACGCAUCCAAACAAUAACGGACCUUCGGACCUACAUAUCCGCAGUGUCACUGAGGGCCAAUAUAUUUGUGUCGGGGGACGGCCUUCCUACGGGUUUCAAUCGGGAGAAAUUUAAUCGCUAUGUGGAAAGUGUGCGACUCCGCAGGAAUUUUGCGAUAAACAACACGGAGUUUGGGCCGGUGCCGCUCUGGGAUCUGGAGUCCACCACACACUGGGAUGGGAAAGAAGAUCGGUUUCUGUACGGCUUGUGGAGAAGAAAUGAAAGUGUUUGUUAUUUCAUGGUCUCUCAAACCAAACUUUUCUGUGCGAUUGGGGGGAGGGAGGAGCUAGAGGAGAUGAUCGUGUUCGACUUUGAUGAUCAGGAGACGAAGAGGAGGAAGAGAAAAAGGUUAAAGUUAUAGUUACACAUUCAUGUAAACCCCGGGGCAUGUCGGCAUCUCAUUAAAGGACAAGCAAAGGCAAUUUCUUCGUUACACCUAAAUGUAAUGUUACAGCUGGGGUAACUAACAUUCUGCCCCACCAUAAAAUUGCAACCCCCAGUGAAAUUGCCUUUUCUCUAUUUUUCCUUUAAAGGAGAAGGAAAAGCUAAGUCACUUGGGGGUGCCAAAAUGUUAGGCACCCCCAAGUGACUUGAAUCGCGUACCCCGGGGCUGGUGCCCCUGUACGGAGAGAACCCCCAGCCCGGGGUACGAGGUAAGCGAUUCAAGUCACUUGGGGGUGCUUAACAUUUUAGCACCCCAAGUAACUUAGCCUUUCCUUCCCCUUUAAGGAGUCGGGAGACUGAUUUAGUUGGAAAGAGGCUGUGGGGGGGCCCAGAAUUUUUUUUAAAAUUUCUAUGCAGGGGUGGCCGGGGAAAUAUAGUUAAGCCACUGACUAUGCACUUACUAAAAACAUAGUGUUGCUGGUUAUUGCCCAUAGUAUUUGCCGGCCCAUAUGUACACAAUAAAAAGCGGCGGGACACAAAGCCCAUAUGGCUGAAUAUGUUCCUUUAUCUGAUUGGCAUUCUGUAGCUCCGCCCUGUUUCUGAUGCCAUUGGCUGUGGUUCCGCCGCACAUCAUUCCCCGCUGCACUUCCCGUUCCAGUUCAGCUACACGGCCUGACAGUCUCUUAUGUGGGGAGGGUGAGAUGGGAAAUGUGGAUCAAUAAGAGAGAAGGUGAUUGGAUAUUUCGGGUCAGACCCAAAGCGCCGGGGAACAGAGGAUUCACACUGCUCGUACAUCAGUUCCAGUUAAACCUAUUGGCACCUUUGCACUUGUUCCAAAUAAAGCACCGGUUGUGCCAGAAACGUCUCGCUCUUUAUAUCUGGAUUCCCUUUGUUUGCAGCCGAACAACAACCUCUAAGUCUUCUCUUAUUCCUCACAGGAACCCUAAACUGUACUGGGCACAAUCAGUGGCACCUUCUAGAACAUUCUGUGGUUGGGCAGCGCCUCUUCCCCUGGAGAUACCAGCUGCACUGUGAUUGGCUAAGGCAGGAGGAUCAGAGGGUCUCCUACCUUUCCCCAAUCACAGUGCAGCGGGUACCCCCAUGGGAAGGGGCGCUCUCACUCACUGCCAGUAACAGCGGGUUAGAUGGGAGAAGGGUGGCAUUGGGUUCUGGGCCUGGGCAGGGUCAUAUUGGGCCAACAGGGCACUGGGAGAAAAUCAGAAGGGCCGGACAGGUAUAGGGGGAGAGAUGAUCGUGUUGGUGUUCGGUUCAGUAU